UCAUCAAUUCUUACGAUCCAUGUUUGCAUUUCCGUCCACGUGCAACGCGAGACCAUUAAUUUUAUUUUUUUCCUGAAGCUGAUGCUUAGAGAGAGAAACCGAAGAAGGUAGAAACAGUGGCGAUCGAAUCUACAACAACCGUUUCUGAUUUCAUUUUGAGGCACUUUGAAUUCUAUUAAUCUUAAGAGAGUAGAACACCAAUGGCCGUAUUGAAACAGGGUUGCUUCUGCUCCUGGGAAGGUGUUAAUGACAGGGGGUUAUCUCAUUCUGGAGAGACCCAAUGCAGGGCUUGUCCUCAGUACAAAUGCUCGCUUUUACGCCAUCGUAAAACCCCUCUAUGAUGAAACCAAACCUGAUACCUGGGCAUGGUCUUGGACAGAUGUUAAAUUAACCUCUCCUCAGCUUUCAAGAGUAGCCUUGUACAAAUUAGCACUCAAAAAUCUUACCAUCCAAACUGUUUCCUCAAGUGAAACAAGAAACCCUUUUGUGGAAUAUGCACUGCAAUAUUCUGUGGCUGCUGCUUAUGCAACAUUUGACCAGAAUAAAAUGGAAUUGUUACACAAACUACUUUUACGAGGUCUUGACAUUACAAUUUUGGGUUCCAAUGAUUUUUAUUCAUACAGGAAUGAGAUUGAGAGACGUGGACUUCCUUUGACACCAGAAUCAUUGGCCUCCCUUCCACCUUUUGCCUCCAUUACCUUCAACACGGAUGAUGGUAAUGGAGCAAAUUGCAAGCCUGAAGUAGCUAAAACUGGUUUGGGCUCAUCUGCAGCAAUGACAACUGCUGUAGUUGCUGCUUUACUUCAUUACCUUGAUGUUGUAAAGCUUUCAACUUCGAAAGAUCAUCAGGAAAGGAAGGAUAUUGAAGAUCUUGAUCUGGUGCAUAAAAUAGCUCAAACUGCACAUUGUAUUGCACAGGGAAAAGUAGGUAGUGGGUUUGAUGUCAGUUCAGCCGUGUAUGGCAGUCAGCGCUACGUGCGGUUUUCACCAGAAGUGAUUUCUUCCUCUCAGGAUGCAGCUAAAGCACUGCCUAUCCCAGAAGUUAUCACUGACAUUCUAAAAGGAAAAUGGGACCAUGGCAGGACUGAGUUCUCUUUACCCCCUUUGAUGACUCUUUUACUAGGAGAACCGGGAACUGGUGGAUCAUCCACGCCAUCAAUGGUUGGUGCUGUCAAAAAAUGGCAAAAGUCUGACCCUCAGAAAUCCCUGGACACAUGGAGAAGAUUGUCAGAGGCAAAUUCAGCAUUGGAAAUGCAACUGAACUUGUUAAACAAAUUAGCAAAGGAACAAUGGGAUACAUAUAAAUCUGUAAUUGACAGAUGCAGCAUGCUCAGAUCAGACAAGUGGAUAGAACAAGCUUCUGAACCUAACAAGGAAGUAGUUAUUAAAGGACUGCUAGGUGCAAAAGAUGCCAUGCUGGGGAUUAGAUAUCUUAUGCGCCUAAUGGGUGAGGCUGCAGGUGUUCCAAUUGAACCAGAAUCACAAACACAACUUCUAGAUGCUACAAUGAACUUGGAAGGAGUAUUGUUGGCUGGAGUUCCAGGGGCAGGAGGAUUUGAUGCAGUAUUUGCUGUUACUCUGGGAGAUUCGAGCAACAAUGUUACAAAAAUGUGGAGUUCACUUGAUGUUCUUGCCUUGUUGGUUAAAGAAGAUCCUUGUGGCGUUUCUUUAGAAAGUGCUGACCCACGAACCCAUGAAAUCACAUCAGCUGUGUCUUCAAUUCAUAUUGAAUAAGUUCAUUUCCAUAAAUUAAAUAUUAUAAGUCACCACAAAAUUAUUCCGCAGAAUGUGACUUCUAGACUAGGAAUUAGUUUCUUUUCAAUCGGGGAAAAAAUGAAUGGAUGACUGAAAAUAAGCUGUUAGUUUUUUGUGAAGGUGCGCCCCUCCAAUUGUGCUUGGGUUUCUAAAUGAGUAAGGAAGUUCUUUGAAUUUUCUAGCUUCCUAUAGUCAGGAGGUGUAUCAUCAACAUUUCGGAUUUGUUACCCAAGAUAUUCCUUGCUUGUUCCGAUGUGUCCACGUUUCUAUAAUUGGUCGAGAAAAUAUGUCAA